AGAACCUCUCGCAAAGUACCCCGCGGAAAGGCCGCUGACUGACGGGGGCCUUUAAGAGAUGGAGGAAGAAAAUGUCGCUCGCUGCGCGUGGAACGGAGCUGAUGAUCGAGUGUGACGUCGGACUGAUGGCCAUCGAAGAACAAGGCGAGAGCACAGAACAGCCUUGCCAGGAAGACCAGAGUAAGGAUGACUUGCGCGACCACUCGGGUUCCCUGGCGACUCGAGCCUUCGUCUGUCGACCAGCAGGCGACCGCCCCGGGGAAAAAAAAUUAAAGAGACGCCGUUACAGCAAGGUCGACAUGGAUGAUGUUCGUGCCAUGGCGUGCUUCCGUCUGAACCAGACUGUGCCUGGACGCAUCGAAGAUCAAGGUUGCACGCAGACGCCCAAAGUGGGCACGGCCAAUCAACAGCGCGUCUGACGCCUUCGAACCUCCAGCGUCGAGAGCGAGUGCUGCUCUUACGUACAUGCCGUGACCGGCCGGAGUGCAAGCUUCGGAGUCGCUCAGACGACUGCCUGUCUGAGGUCGAUGUCGUGGCCUGUCCGCUGGGCGACGCUGUCGUGGACA